CUUAACCCAGUUCUAGUCUCCCAGAGAAAAAAGAGCCAAAACUGAAAAAAGAAAAAGAAAAAAAAAACAGAGAGAGAGAGAGAGAAACUAAAAGAAGGAAAGGUGAGAGAUCGGAGAAGCGAGACAUGGUGGAAUAUGUUGUUUCGACUGCUGUCACAAGCCUCACAACUUGGUUGAUUGAAGAAGCAGUUCUAUUGAAAGGUGUGAGUGAGAAAGUUCAGCAUCUCAGAGACAAACUGAGUUGGAUGCAAGGUUUCCUCCAGGAUGCUGAUGCCGUGCAAGAGAGAUCAGUAAGAUUUCAGACUUUGGUGUCACAAAUAAGAGAAGUGGCAUUCGAUGCUGAAGUGGCAAUAGAAAGUUACAUCAGCAAGGCAGCAGCACGAAGGUCAUGGAGAAAAGUCCUGAAGCCAAUUUAUCGUCGCAGAAUCCGAAAAAAAAUCGAAAAGAUCCAGGCCAGGAUGGAGAAAAUCUCCAAAGAUAAGGAAAUUUUCGGCACAGCUAGCAUGAACAAUCAGGAAGGAGGUGAAGCGCUGAUUUCAAAAAAUGAAAGGUUGCGGUGGUGGAGACAACCUUCACCGAACAUCCAGGAAGAUGAUUUGAUUGACCUUGUUGAAGACACCGAGGCGUUGAUAACACAACUGUGCACUAUGGAGAGGAGUCGUUCUGUAGUUUCUAUUGUGGGCAUGGGAGGUUUGGGCAAAACCACUCUAGCAAAAAAAUUGUACAAUCAUCCUGAUCUUGGGAACCAAUUUCAUUGUCGAUCCUUUGUCUAUGUAUCCCAAGAGUUCAACAGGAGAGAGAUUCUACAGAGAAUCAUUAAAGAUGUAGGUUGUCCUCACAACAGAGAUGAGUUGGGGAAACUAGAAGAGGAGAUGAUGGUAGAAAUGCUGCAUAUGUUCCUGAAAGAUAGGAGGUAUCUGGUGGUUCUUGAUGAUAUAUGGAAAAAGGAGGUUUGGGAUGGUCUUCAAGCUGCAUUUCCUAGUGGGGAGAUGGGAAGUAAGGUGAUGGUCACCACUCGCUUUAGGGAUGUUGCUGUAUAUGUUGAUCCAAGGAGCACUCCCCAUGAGCCACGGAUGUUAACAGAAGACGAGAGCUUGGAACUUGUCCUCAAGAAAGCACUCCCGGGAGUGGAUGAUAUCCCCUCUAACUUGCAAGGCCUUGGAAGAGAGAUGGUGAUUAAAUGCGGUGGUCUACCGCUGGCAGUAAUUGUGCUCGGAGGAUUACUUUCCACGAAAUCGAAGACCACAGUGGAAUGGGAGCGCGUGCUUCAAAACAUCAGUUGGCAUUUGAUCAGUGCUCAAGAUCGACUCUCCGCAAUCUUAGCCCUAAGCUACAUUGACUUGCCUCUACAUUUAAAAUCAUGUUUUCUCCAUUUGGGUAUUUUUCCCGAAGAUUCCUCUAUAGAGAAAAUGUAUUUGAUUCGACUGUGGGUUGCGGAAGGAUUCUUACCACAACAAGGAGAAGAAAUCGAAGAAGGGGUGGGUGAAAAUUGCUUGAAUCAGUUGAUUGAUAGGUGCAUGAUCCAGGUGGGAACGCGAACAUAUCUUGGCAGCGUUAAAACCAUUCGCAUCCAUGAUGUUCUCAGAGAUUUCUCUCUCAAAAAGGGGAGUGAGGAAAAUUUUCUUGGAAUAUAUACAGGGCAAGAACACGAGUUAUCAGCAUCCCACGACUCGACCAAAUCUCUAAGGCUUGCCAUCCACACCAAACCUGAUAGGUGCGUAAAUCUAGACCCAUAUACCCAUUUACGCUCCCUCCAUUUUUAUUGCAAGUUUGAUCAAAUCAUUGACUUCACUCGCAAGAAUUUUAAGUCGCUGAGGGUCUUAGAACUAUAUUGCGAGGAUAUAGAUCCCUACAGGGGAUUUAGUAAAGUUGGAGACUUAAUUCAGUUGAGGUUUCUUGGACUUAGACACGUAAUGUAUCCUUUAUAUCUGUCAUCCUUGAAGAACCUACAAACACUUGAUAUGAGAUUCUGUGGUUAUGCUCCUUCGUGGAUGUUCAGAGAGUUGAAGAUAGAGAAUCUGAGACAUUUACUCUUACCUGAACGUCAUCCAUUUGAUUUAACAUUGGGUACCAUGAUCCAUUUACAAACUCUAAAAGGUAUAGAGGGCGGAAGAUGGAUAGAAGAUGGCUUGACCAAAAUGAUUAGUCUUCAACGACUGAAGAUAAGAACAUUAUCACGAGAUGGAGUGACAUUAGUGAUUUCUAUUGCAGAAAGAUUGCGCCACCUUCAAUCGUUGUCGCUGACCAAUAAGGAACGUGAAGAUGAAUUAUUUCCACCACUUGAGGGACUAUCUCGCUGUGGCCAUCUUCAGAAGCUUCGUUUGUGUGGAAAGAUAGAGAAGCUACCUGAUGCCAAUGGAUUCCCAGGAAACCUCGUAAAGCUAGUUUUGAUGAGAUCCAACCUCCCAAAAGAUUCAGUAGUUAUACUAGAGAGGAUGCCAAACUUAAAGAUGCUUUCCUUGGGGUAUGGAUCUUACCCCUUCAAUGAAUUGGUUUGCUCCUCGGAAAGAUUUCCGCAACUGCAAGUUCUGCACUUAAUUUGGGAGAGAAUGGAGGUUUGGAAGGUGGAAGAAAGGGCACUGAAGAAGCUCAGGCAGCUAAAGAUAUACCGUUGUUCAAAAUUACAGCAGGUUCCAGAAGGAUUGAAGUCAUUGGCUACUCUUCAGGAAUUGGAUAUAUGUGAAUCACCUGAGUUUGAACACAUGCAUGCUUCGAACUAAUGAAGACCUGAUCGAAUUCACAAGAAAAUACUCGAUCAAAUUCGUGCAAAGACAUAGCUACGAUUUUAUGAAAUGGUCUUCAAUCCGUUAGUUAGAAAUGCGACUACUAUUCCCUUUCAAUAAUGUAGAGGUAUAAGUUAUCAGAUUUUUCUAAGGAGGGUAUUCACACCCAAAAUUGAUGAUUAUUGUAACUCCCGACGUUUUGGGUUUAAAUCUUCGCUUAUGAUUAUUUUUUCUUUCAGU